UCCCGCCUUCCCAGCAGUCUCCUUCCCUCGCGCCGCCCACCGCCUGACUGGGAGGAGUCGGCUGCACCUGAUGGUCCUUUGCGAGGCAGGCCCACCCUGACCAAAAAAUGGAGGCCAUUAACCCAGUGCUGUUCUAUGAACCAAACUUGGACAUCUGAUCACUAUAUUCCACUACCCAGUGAGAACUGAUAAAGUUGCCACCAUGUCUUGCUACUGUGAAUAAUGUGACAAUGAAUAUUGGAGUGCAGAUAUUUCUUCAAGAGGAAACUUCUUCAGCAAGGAGAGUCCUUCACCAUCAGCCAGGCCAGAGAUUCUUGGGUGCUAUAAUGUCUCACCUGGAUUCCAGAUCUUUCAUAAAGUAUUCUUAAUGUUGACUUCACGAGCUGAAGAGUCUUAUUACUUACUGGAUCUGAAAAUAUUGUUGCCACAGAACAGUGUACUACCAACUGAGAAUUCAGAGAGAACACUUCUGUAUAUGGCAAUGAAAAACUACAGUGCUAUCAGUGAGUUCAUUCUCCUUGGACUAUCUAUUGACCCCAAUAUUCAGGCUAUACUCUUUGUGCUGUUCUUUCUGAUUUAUCUCUUCACUUUGAUGGGAAAUUUCUUGAUGCUGCUGGUGAUUAGGGCUGAUUCUCACCUCCACAUGCCCAUGUACUUCUUUUUGAGACAACUGUCCUUCCUGGACCUCUGCCACUCAUCUGUCACAGUCCCCAAGAUGCUGGAGAAUCUACUUUCUGAAAGUAAAACCAUCUUUGUAGAGAGCUGCCUGGCUCAGGCCUUCUUUGUGUUUGCCACUGGGGGCACGGAGGCCUGUCUGCUGGCUGUGAUGGCCUAUGACCGCUAUGUAGCCAUCAGCUCCCCUCUGCUCUAUGGCCAGGUGAUGAGCAACCAGCUCUGUGUUGGGAUGGUGUGGGGUUCCUGGGGCCUGGCCUUUGUUGAUGCUCUCAUUAAUAUCCUCUUGGCUGUCAAUUUAGACUAUUGCGAGGACCAGACUCUUCCCCACUUCAGCUGUGAGCUGUCUUCUCUCUUCCCUCUGUCUUGUUCUGAUACCUCGACCAACUUCACACUCCUGCUGUGCUCCUCUGUCUUGCAUUUCUUUGGAACCUUCGUUAUGAUUGUUUUUUCCUAUGUUCGCAUUGUCUCCACCAUCCUGAGCAUCAGCUCCACCUCAGGCAGAAGCAAGGCCUUCUCUACUUGCUCUUCUCACCUCACUACUGUGAUCUUGUUCUAUGGCUCAGGUUUCCUCAGCUAUCUCUUGCCAACUUCAGGCUCCCGUCUGGCGAUGAUGCCCUCCUUGCAGUACAGCGUGGUCACUCCCAUGCUGAACCCCCUUGUCUACAGCCUGCAGAACAAAGAGGUGAAGGCAGCUAUGGGAAGAAUGUUCAGAAAAUAUUUUCAUUCUCUCAUGUAGUAGACAGAAGAUUAUGACUAAAGGGAGACUGAACUAUUAUGCUACAUGAUCAGAUAAUGGAUUUUAAGGAGGGUUUCUUGAUUGUCCAUGAUGCUAGAUGCUAUAGGGAAUACAGUGGCAUUUAUUUCCUUGAAAGUGCUUGUGAAGAGGACAGAAAACUGUUAUCUCAGGAUGACUCAGGUUCAGUCUUAUUCAGGAAAGGAGAAAUGAAUCAGUCUUCUUUUUGAGGGGUCAUUUUAUAAAAACGUUGAUUUAUUUUUCAUUUCUAUGUGGACAUCUAUUGCUAUUGGUUAAUCAUUACUCUUUCACACUUCUUCAAAUGAUUACACCCAAAUCCUCAGGAAGACUAGUUUUCUCAAAUUGAUAUGGGUGUGUAAAGUGGGGUGAUCCUAUGAUCUAGAAUAGGCUAACUUUUCUACCCCUUUCUCCUGACAGUGCAUUGAGGCAAGGAGUAAAACCAAGAUCCAAGUGAAGUUAUUUAGAAUCUAACUCUAGGAAAUUCAAGUACUUAGCAGGAAUAAACAACAAGAAAAGACAGCAUUUGGAAGAGUCGAUCUGACUAUAGUGCCUAAAGAGUCCAUGAAAUCUGGCUCCCUUAGCAGUUGUCCUUCCUGAAGUCAUAUUUUAAACAAAUAUAGUGACAAUAGCUAAUUCAUUACAUUUCUUUCUUUUUUUUUUAGUUUAUUUAUUUAUUUUGUGAGAGAGAGCAGAGCA